AUGGCUCACACAAUAGCCACACCAAUCAACUCAGUUCCUCAUGAUUUCUAUGCAGUGGUAAAUGAUAAAUUUACAAUACCACCUCUAAUCAGAUCGAGAGGAAUGGCAGGGCUGAAGUAUAAAUGCAGUCUAGAAAAUUCUAUGGAGGAUAAAUCUCACGACCUACGGACUUCAAGCCUUUCCACCAAGAUCUGCGAUGAGCCCCAAACUGGUUCUUCUUCGGUCGGUAGCCCUCACCUACUUAAGCAACAAAUUAAAAGCAUAGAUCUCCAUGUCCUCUUUCCCGCAUGGCCUUCUCCACCAACGUCUUUCCAUUCUCCACAGCCUGCUUGGCCUCUCUUCCAGCCAAACUGUCUCAAUAUUCAUCCUUUCAGUCCCCCACCUUCGUGUCCUAGCUUUCCCUCCCAACCAUUCCCAUAUUUCUGCCCACCAUAUGGACUAACGCCACUAUUACCGAAGUGUUUUAGAACUGCUACAAUCGGUGAAAAUACAGUCCAUAAACGCAAAGUGAACCCACCGAAUCAAGUGUUUAUCACCCCACUCCCUAAAUAUUGCGUCUUUAGUAGGGUCAAACUAGAAAGAAGAAACGAGAGAUACUCACAGGUGAAGUUGUUUCUACCUAUGUCAGACAGGUAUUCUAACUCGAUUUCCAGUGUCGAUUGCCCAGGCCUUACUCCAGGUUUAAUAUAUGCGGAGGGAAUUGGAAGAGGGAUUGGGGGGCAAGAAAAAUGGUACCGGGCCCUGCGGUAUGGAGGUAUUUACGUCAAGAGGGCUAUAAAUCUGAUGCGAGUGUUCAUUUCGGGGUGCUCAUCUAACCUCCACUAUUCCUCUUCCGUAUCAACGUUUCCACUAGCAAUGCCUCGCCAACUAGGCGCUGCUUGCUUAACGCUCUACUUGGUAGUGUUGAAGGAGUUAGUAGGUGCUUCAAAUUUUCGCACCUGCUAUUCUCAUCAAAGGGAAAACUCGGGUACCUUCGAUGCCUAUCUAAGUUUUUUUUCUUCAUUUCUGACAAGUCUAGACUUUCGGCUAGGUUGGUUCAGCUUCUUCGAUAACAAUUUCACAAACCGUGACACAGGGUUGGAGUCCGUCGAGAACUAUGCCAACCCUAAGCAUUCUCGCUAUCAUAUUAUUGGGCUGAACCUAGUAGCCACGUGUUCUCGGAGGUAUUGA